CUCUACUCUUCAUUUGGAUUUACAGCAGCGCCAGCGACACAAAAAAGUUUUUCUAUUCACUCCUUUGGUUUUGCGUUCUUUAACUUUAUCCGACACAAGUAAAGAUAGACAAAAUUUCGAUCAAAGUCCUUUGCUUAGCAUUAGCCAUACUGUUGAUCAAGACUGACAAACUCAACCCUACAAGAUGUGUUUCGGGCAUUGGAUGCAAUGUUCGUUCAUGUCCGGAGCCCCGCAGUUCGGGCGCAAGGAGAAGGCCGAAACGCAGAGGAAACAGAUUUUCAACGAGCUGCCGCAGUACGAAAUUCCGUAUGCAUUGCAAAUAUGUCUGGGACGAGGUCUGGAAGGAUGUAAAUUGUAAUGCUGCAUUUGGAUUCCAGAAAAAAACUGUAUUGCAUGAGCAGCAAAGGGAAUGCAAUUUUUCCUACGCGGAGAGCGCAUUUGUCAUGCGGAAUAGGCAUCAAGAACCCCUCAAAAAAUCUGUGAUGCUACGGCGUGCAUCACAGAUAUCAUGGCUGAUGCAAAACGUGCAUGACAAGUCCCAUAAUAUUCCAGACCCAGACAUUUUUGCAAUUGAUAUUCCGGCCAAGUGCACCAAGCCGCUCGGCACGGACCGGACCCGCAACCUGAUCAACCUGUACAGCUUCCACCCGCUCUAUGGAAGCGUCAGGUUUGAAAUCGUCAAAGUUGAAAUAAUCUGUAAUGCAUAAAAUGCAUGACCCGAGGCGCGUGUGUUGCAGAGCAGGCAAGUGAGGCCGAUUGUAAGCCUGUUUGGGGUUACAGCUCGAGCUGCUAAAGUAGCAUUAGAAAAUCGCUCUUCUUUGCUUAAACAGCAUGACAAACUGGAUUUAGGGACCACCGAAAUUUGUCAUGCGCCACUUGGCAACUGGGUUCCAACUGGCAUCCAUUUUAUGCAUGACAAAUUAUUUCAACUUUGUCGAUUUCAACUCUGACACAUCCAUACGCUCCCGAAAUCCGGUCUGCAGCUGGAGGGCGAGAACUCCGUCCACAGCACGCUGGCGGAUUUGGCGAAUGGGAAAACGAAAAACGGAAAAAUAAAUCCUCCAAAUGACCGCGGUAACAAACCAACCGCAAAUGGCAACGGGUACAACCACACAACGCAAAAUGAUAACUCCGAGAAUGAGGAGGAGGAGGAAGUUGAAAAACAGCAGUACAUGGAGCGGCACAUGGUUUUGUCGGAAAAAGGACUGAUCUUCGGCUCCGCCACGCACUUAGACGGCCAGGUCCUGAACAUGCACAGCAGUGUGGCCAAGCAGCACUGUGCUUUGCUCCACAACAACGGGAAGCUGUUUUUGAAAGCGAUCGACGGUGUGACGAAAAUCUGGUCCAUGACCGAAUGGAAGAAGGUGUUGAAUCGAAAAGCGUCGGAAGCGAAGGACAAGGAGCCCAUCCGGUGGAUCGGGAAUAGCGACGAGUUUAAACUGUUGGAAAUCACGGGGAUUGAUAAACUGCAGAAAGUCUCGAAAAACCGGUGCGUGUUUCAACUUGGGGACUCACCGACGGUUUAUUGGAUCGACUACAAGGAACUACCGCUCGGGGACACAGAGCACGAGGAGGGAUUGGCGGAAUUGUCAAAGGUAUAGUUGUACUUACAAAGUUUUUUAUUCGAAUCAUUCAAAUUCUGAUUCUCUCGAUAAUUAAUGUUAAUGACAGUGACGUGUAAUGCUGAAUUUGAUUUGUGUAGUUAAAGUUAUUGCUCGUUAUGAGCCUGACUUUUGCGAAUGCGAUUCAUUCGAAGUUUUCGAACUUUACUUGUAACAGCUUGACCGGGAGCGUGACAAGGACACCAGAAAAAAGGAUCGCGACCGCGACGAUGAACGCGAUAAUUACAAUGAGAAACACAAGCGGAGUCGAAGUCGCGGGCGCAGUCGAGAACGGGACCGCGAUCGCGACCGCGCUCCUGCACGGGACAGUCGCGAAAGGGAUCGGAGGAACGACCGCAGAAGGUGAGAUGGUGAAGUCUUUGGAGUUUAUCUUUAUGAAAUAAUCUAGUAAACACUGUGACCGUAAGUUCAUGCUCACUCCCAUUGCGAAAGAUGAUUUCCUCCGACAUGUAUUCGCACAGCGACAGAAGUCCAAUUUCAUCACGGCAAAGCAGCACAAAAGUGACGAAAUUCACACAACAGCGCCAUUCAUUGUGUUUCCAGUUCAU